UGUCAUCGCGCAGAUAUCUUUAGUUAAGGUGAGUUGAUACCAUGCAAGUGGAUGACUGAGCAGCGUGCGGGAGCGAAAUCUUAUAUGAAUGAAGUUGCGCGUGCUGAUUAUUUUUUGCCGCGGUAAACUUUCGCAACUUCUUUCGAAAAGUUGUUUUGCUCAUCUGAAGAGUUAUGACUAGUUUAACGCAAGUCAGAGUUCAUGUGCGUGCGUAGCGAGCGUGUGGACGUUCAAGAUCCGAUAAUUGCUUCAGUUUUCACGCCGGUUCAGCAUAACCGGCGGCUGGCGGCAGAGACAAACACCUGCGCCUGUUAAAUUUGUUUGACUUGAUAUUUAAGAUUGCACAUUGACAAAAUCCACUGUUUUAGAUUUUUAGGGCAAUUUGAUUAGACACUUACUGCUGCUAGUUUAUUCGUAUAAACAAUAAGAAAUAAACCUUCAAAAAUGUACAGCAUGAUGGAACACGAACUGAAAUCCUCGGGUCCGCCACCUUCCCAUCAGCCGGGCCAGGGGAUGUCUCCUGUGAGCGGCGUUGUAGGGGGCAACCACCCCGGAGCCAAGCCAGUAUGCCCGUCCGGUGGUGAUCCCAUGGACAAGGUGAAGCGCCCUAUGAAUGCCUUCAUGGUGUGGUCGCGGGGUCAGCGGCGGAAGAUGGCACAGGAGAACCCCAAAAUGCACAACUCGGAAAUUAGCAAGCGCCUCGGGGCGGAGUGGAAGCUGCUGACAGACGCCGAAAAGAGGCCCUUCAUAGACGAGGCCAAGCGGCUGCGAGCGGUGCACAUGAAGGAGUAUCCCGACUACAAGUACAAGCCUCGCCGGAAGAGUAAGCCGUUACUGAAGAAAGACAACCCCGUUGGCAAAUACCCACUGUCGGCCGGUAACCUCUUGGCUGCAGCAGCUGCUCAGGGUCCAGGUGGAAGCCCUAGAAUGGAGAGCUACGGAUGGGGGCCCACUGGGGGGUAUGCGGGCAUGCAGAGCGAAGCCCUCGGAUAUCCCCAGCAGCUCCACCGCUACGACCUGUCGGCCUUGCAGUAUCCCCCAGCUAUGGCUACCGCACAGACGUACAUGAACGGAGCCAACUCGUACAGCCCCAUGUCCUACAGCAGCAGCCCCCAGCAGCCCAGCCCAGUGAUGUCGAUGGUGAAGCCAGAGCCGGUCUCGCACUCUCCCACCGGGGCCCCCAACCACCACCGUGGGGCCCUGCAAGGGGACCUGCGAGACAUGAUCAGCAUGUACAUCCCAGGAGGCGACACGACCGACCCAGCUGCCCAGAGGGGCUACUCCAGUGUGCAGCAGCAUUACCUCAGCGGAACAGUGCCCCUGACCCACAUCUGACACCCUGGCACUGAAGACUGGCACUGGGACUCACAAAAGGGCACGUCCCCUCCUCCUCCCUUGCCCCGAAACCCUGUACUCCUACUGCUGACCACUGUAUCACCCCCCCCCCCCCUUCUUGAGCCCCCACUCUAUCUUCCAAUGAUCCCUCCAUCUCACUCAUUUGCUUUCGUUCCUCUUAGCCCUCCCCACUCUCAUGUCUCCGUCUGCCCCUCCACUGUUCCCCCUUCCCCUAUUGCUCUUUUCUGUUCCUUCCCAGUAUGAAGGGAUGGUGUACAUAGCCAACCAUGCUGAAAAUGUAUAUUUCUUUUUUUUUAACUAAAAUAAUGGUGUCUUUAACAUUAAAUUUCCUUGGUACCAUACUUGUGAUUGGACCCCAGAACUGUUCUCUGAUGUGCAGACCAACGUCUGAGGUGGGGAGGGGGGUUGUCAGACACACAGGAAGGGACUGUCUAUGCCGUUAUCAUCGUGCCCAACCAAUCAGGAUCGUCCUAGGCCAGAAACAUGCAAAUCGUGUGACUUUGUGUUUGUGAUUAUGGACUGGUGAAGAUCGUUUGAGACAGCAGUCCAUGUGGAAGAAGGCAACAGCCAGGAGAAAGAACUGGGAGGAAUGCACAGAAUUUUUACACUUGUGCUGACUGAGUGUGAAAGUGUAAAAUGAGUUUUAUUUUGGGCAUCUCAGCUCCAGCUGUAACGGGAAAAAUCCAUGUUCUUUGUAACCAAUCCCAUGGGAUAAUAUAAGGAAAUCCUAUUGGACAAUCUUGCGAGAGAUCGUUAGAUCUGAAAGACACAGUGGUAAAAGCCCUGCCCCUUGGUUGAUCAAGACAACUGUGGUAGGAGCAAACAAAGGUGGUCUUCUCAUUUGAUUUUCAGUAAAGUAGUGCUUACAUCAUUUCCACUGCAAUUGUGGCGCACUCAAUAUCUUGAUUGGCCAGAUUUUCUCUAUGUGGUGAUCGUCUAGUCACCACUCACAGGAUCCCAUUCACCAACUUCUUGUGUGGUGUCACAAUACAGCUAUAUGAAAUUGCAUUUCACUGUAGUCACUGGCUCAAACAAGACAGUUGACUUGGGUGUAAACAAUAUGUUUCCCUUCGGAACUGUUAUUGAUUUUUUUUUUAACCCGAAUCCUUGACUAGUUAACUGGUGCUGCUAAAGAUUUUGAAGUAGUUGAGGAAUUUGGAGUUUAAAUUUCCUGCUGACAUGGGAGUGGAUAUACAUAUGAGGGGUGGAGGCAUCUGUUAAUUGAUUCAUUUAAUCAAUUAAGUCUAGACAGCCCUGGCACUGUGCACUCCACUCCAACACAAACACUUGUUUGCAUUUUUUAAAGGAUGUCCUUAGUACUACUUAUUUUUUAAACUUAAGUCAA